GCGGGCGCGGGCGCGAGGCCUUCGUGCCGGGGCCGCGCGGAGGAGGCACCGGGGAGGAGCGCGCUGCGCCGCCGCCCGGCCUGCCGCCGCUCGGUGCGGGUCCGCGGGGCGCGAGGAGCGGCGAGACCGCGGCCUGGAACAAAGGGAGGCCGGCUGGGGCGGGGGCGUCGCGAGAAUGGCGGACCGCAGCCUGGAAGGCAUGGCGCUGCCCCUGGAGGUGCGGGCCCGGCUGGCCGAGCUGGAGCUGGAGCUGUCGGAAGGUGACAUCACACAAAAAGGAUAUGAAAAGAAGAGAUCGAAAUUGAUUGGAGCCUACCUGCCCCAGCCUCCGACAGCGAAUGGAGCUGCCGUGGUCCGGUGUAGACUGCAGCACAGUGAAGGAGCCCCGAGAAGAAUGCUGCAGGCUGGCAACAUCGGGGUGUGUGACAUCCGAGACGCCGCGGUCAGAGAGCGGGCGGCCAGCACCGCAGGAAACCGGCCACUGUUUUACUUUCGUUUCGGAGUGGAUCAAGCGUUGCCUCCAGAGCGCCGGGCUCCAGUUACUCCUUCCUCCGCCUCUCGCUAUCACCGCCGAAGGUCCUCAGGGUCACGAGAUGAGCGCUAUCGGUCGGACGUCCAUACAGAAGCUGUCCAGGCUGCGCUCGCUAAACACAAAGAAAGGAAGAUGGCAGUGCCUAUGCCUUCCAAACGCAGGUCCUUGGUUGUGCAGACCUCGAUGGACGCCUACACACCCCCAGAUACCUCCUCUGGCUCAGAAGACGAAGGCUCGGUGCAGGGCGACUCCCAGGGGACCCCCACCUCCAGCCAGGGCAGCAUCAACAUGGAGCACUGGAUCAGCCAGGCCAUCCACGGCUCCACCACCUCCACCACCUCCUCCUCUUCCACCCAGAGUGGGGGGAGUGGCGCCGCCCACAGACUGGCUGACGUCAUGGCUCAGACGCACCUAGAAAAUCACUCUGCACCUCCCGACGUAACCACUUACACCUCAGAACACUCAAUACAAGUAGAAAGGCCGCAGGGCUCUACAACGUCAAGAACAGCCCCAAAGUAUGGCAAUGCCGAGCUCAUGGAGACUGGCGACGGAGUGCCUGUAAGUAGCCGGGUAUCAGCAAAAAUCCAGCAGCUUGUCAACACCCUCAAACGACCCAAACGACCACCAUUGCGGGAAUUCUUCGUCGAUGACUUUGAAGAACUGCUGGAAGUUCAACAACCAGAUCCAAACCAGCCAAAGCCAGAGGGAGCCCAAAUGUUGGCGAUGCGUGGGGAACAGCUGGGUGUGGUUACAAAUUGGCCCCCAUCUUUAGAAGCAGCGUUACAGCGAUGGGGGACCAUCUCACCAAAGGCCCCAUGCUUGACCACGAUGGACACGAAUGGGAAACCUCUGUACAUCCUCACUUACGGCAAACUGUGGACAAGAAGUAUGAAGGUUGCUUACAACAUUCUGCAUAAAUUAGGUACAAAACAAGAACCUAUGGUGCGACCUGGAGAUAGGGUGGCACUGGUGUUCCCCAACAAUGACCCUGCUGCCUCCAUGGUGGCUUUCUACGGCUGCCUGCUGGCCGAAGUUGUGCCUGUGCCCAUCGAGGUGCCCCUCACGAGAAAGGACGCAGGAAGCCAGCAGAUCGGGUUCUUGCUUGGAAGCUGUGGAGUGACUGUAGCCUUGACGAGUGACGCUUGCCACAAAGGGCUGCCGAAGAGCCCGACGGGGGAGAUCCCACAGUUCAAAGGUUGGCCAAAGCUAUUAUGGUUUGUCACAGAGUCAAAACAUCUCUCUAAACCUCCUCGAGAUUGGUUCCCGCACAUUAAGGACGCAAAUAAUGACACUGCGUAUAUCGAGUACAAGACGUGCAAGGAUGGGAGCGUGCUCGGGGUGACCGUGACGAGGAUCGCGCUUCUGACCCACUGCCAGGCCCUCACACAGGCGUGUGGCUACACAGAAGCUGAAACAAUUGUGAAUGUGUUGGAUUUCAAGAAAGACGUUGGGCUUUGGCACGGAAUCCUAACAAGCGUCAUGAACAUGAUGCACGUGAUCAGCAUCCCGUACUCGCUGAUGAAGGUGAACCCGCUGUCCUGGAUUCAGAAGGUCUGCCAGUACAAAGCAAAAGUGGCCUGUGUCAAAUCCAGGGACAUGCACUGGGCAUUGGUGGCACACAGGGAUCAGAGAGACAUCAACCUCUCCUCUCUCCGGAUGCUGAUAGUGGCCGACGGCGCAAAUCCCUGGUCUAUUUCUUCCUGUGACGCGUUUCUCAACGUCUUCCAAAGUAAAGGUCUACGCCAGGAGGUCAUCUGUCCAUGCGCCAGCUCACCAGAGGCUCUCACCGUGGCCAUCAGGAGGCCCACCGAUGACAGCAACCAGCCCCCAGGCCGCGGCGUCCUCUCCAUGCACGGGCUGACCUAUGGGGUCAUCCGGGUGGACUCGGAGGAAAAGCUGUCUGUCCUCACCGUGCAGGACGUCGGCCUCGUGAUGCCUGGAGCCAUCAUGUGUUCGGUGAAGCCGGACGGGGUUCCCCAGCUGUGCAGGACGGACGAAGUCGGGGAGCUCUGCAUGUGCGCAGUUGCCACGGGCACGUCCUACUACGGCCUCUCGGGUAUGACCAAGAACACCUUCGAGGUGUUCCCGGUGACGAGCUCGGGGGCCCCGGUCAGCGAGUACCCCUUCGUGAGGACGGGCCUGCUGGGCUUCGUCGGCCCUGGGGGCCUCGUGUUCGUGGUGGGCAAGAUGGACGGGCUCAUGGUGGUCAGUGGGCGCAGACACAACGCUGAUGACAUCGUGGCCACAGCACUGGCCGUGGAGCCCAUGAAGUUCGUGUACAGGGGAAGAAUAGCCGUGUUUUCGGUGACCGUCCUGCACGACGAGAGGAUCGUGAUCGUGGCUGAGCAGAGGCCGGACUCCACGGAGGAGGACAGCUUCCAGUGGAUGAGCAGGGUGCUGCAGGCAAUCGACAGUAUACAUCAGGUUGGGGUUUAUUGUCUGGCAUUGGUUCCAGCAAACACCCUCCCCAAAACCCCACUCGGUGGCAUCCAUUUGUCAGAAACGAAGCAGCUUUUCCUGGAGGGCUCACUUCACCCCUGCAAUGUCCUGAUGUGCCCCCACACGUGCGUCACAAACCUGCCCAAGCCUCGGCAGAAGCAACCAGAGAUCGGCCCUGCCUCUGUGAUGGUGGGAAACCUGGUGUCUGGGAAGAGGAUCGCACAGGCCAGCGGCAGAGACCUGGGCCAGAUAGAAGACAAUGACCAGGCCCGGAAGUUCCUGUUCCUCUCGGAGGUCCUGCAGUGGAGGGCGCAGACCACCCCUGAUCACGUGCUGUACACGCUGCUCAACUGUAGGGGCACAAUAGCGAACUCGCUGACGUGUGUCCAGCUGCACAAGCGGGCUGAGAAGAUAGCCGUGAUGCUGAUGGAGAGAGGGCACCUGCAGGAUGGGGACCACGUCGCUCUGGUCUACCCACCAGGAAUAGACCUUAUCGCAGCAUUUUAUGGUUGCCUGUAUGCAGGCUGUGUGCCAAUAACCGUCCGUCCUCCACACCCACAGAACAUCGCAACCACGCUGCCAACCGUGAAGAUGAUCGUGGAGGUGAGCCGCUCCGCCUGUUUGAUGACAACACAACUGAUCUGUAAAUUGUUACGGUCCAGGGAGGCAGCUGCAGCUGUAGACGUCAGGGCCUGGCCCCCGAUACUGGACACAGAUGAUUUGCCAAAGAAGCGGCCUGCCCAGAUCUACAAACCUUCCAACCCAGACACACUAGCCUAUCUUGAUUUUAGUGUGUCCACGACUGGGAUGCUAGCUGGAGUGAAGAUGUCUCACGCAGCCACCAGUGCCUUCUGCCGUUCUAUUAAGCUGCAGUGUGAGCUCUACCCCUCUAGAGAAGUGGCCAUCUGCCUGGACCCUUACUGUGGACUUGGGUUUGUCCUGUGGUGCCUCUGUAGCGUGUAUUCCGGGCACCAGUCCAUCCUCAUCCCACCUGCAGAGCUGGAGACCAACCCUGCCUUGUGGCUGCUUGCCGUGAGUCAAUACAAAGUCCGGGAUACAUUUUGCUCCUACUCAGUGAUGGAACUGUGUACCAAGGGGCUGGGCUCGCAGACAGAAUCCCUCAAGGCACGAGGACUGGACUUGUCCCGCGUGCGGACCUGUGUAGUGGUGGCAGAAGAACGGCCCCGAAUAGCACUCACCCAGUCAUUCUCAAAACUGUUUAAAGACCUGGGCCUCCAUCCACGGGCCGUUAGCACCUCGUUUGGCUGUAGAGUGAACCUGGCGAUUUGCUUGCAGCCCCACCGGCUGUGGAAGCUGGCUGAGAAGGGGACCUCGGGGCCCGAUCCGACCACCGUCUACGUGGACAUGAGAGCUCUGAGACACGACAGAGUCCGUUUAGUAGAAAGAGGAUCUCCUCAUAGUUUGCCCCUAAUGGAAUCAGGAAAAAUACUUCCAGGGGUUCGGAUCAUAAUUGCCAAUCCAGAAACAAAAGGACCGUUGGGAGACUCACACCUGGGUGAGAUCUGGGUUCACAGUGCCCACAAUGCCAGUGGUUAUUUCACUAUUUACGGAGAUGAAUCCCUCCAGUCAGAUCACUUCAACUCAAGAUUAAGUUUUGGAGACACACAGACCAUCUGGGCACGAACAGGCUAUUUGGGGUUCCUGCGGAGAACUGAACUCACUGAUGCAAACGGAGAGCGCCACGACGCCCUCUACGUGGUGGGGGCCCUAGAUGAGGCCAUGGAGCUGCGCGGCAUGAGGUAUCACCCGAUAGACAUCGAGACCUCCGUCAUCAGAGCCCACAAAAGCGUCACGGAAUGUGCUGUGUUCACCUGGACAAACUUGCUGGUGGUUGUGGUUGAGCUCGACGGGUCCGAGCAGGAAGCCCUGGACCUGGUCCCCCUGGUGACCAACGUGGUCCUGGAGGAGCACUACCUGGUGGUGGGGGUGGUGGUGGUGGUGGACAUCGGCGUCAUCCCCAUCAACUCCCGGGGGGAGAAGCAGCGCAUGCACCUCCGCGACGGCUUCCUGGCCGACCAGCUGGACCCCAUUUACGUGGCCUACAACAUGUAGACACUCCCAGAGGCGGGCCAUCUGCUCAGUGUCGCGAGUGUGCAGACGCCAGGGCGAGUUCCCGAGCGGAGCUUUUGCCAAGUGGUGGGGAGGAGACUUUCCACUCGUCCUGAUCGGCACGGGGAUGAGACGAGAAAUGUGAAGUUUGCUCAGAAGGACUUUGCGUUACUGCCUUCAGUUUAUUGGAAAAGCCCAUUUCAAAAACUUUUUCUUUUUUUUUAAUUAUUGGAUAAUAAGUGCUUUCUUCGUAAAUGUGGUAUUUUGUUAAGCCAAACUAGCAAUUAAAAAAAAUAUUCUGCCCUCCAGAUGGGUUCUUUUAAACAAUUUAUGUAGUGUGACAAAGAAUUGUUUUCUCUGUUUUAAUGUGUCAUGAAAUCUUAAUGCCAUGGACCUGCUACUAACUUAAGCCAUUGCUGGAGCUCAUCCUUUUAGGACAGUUUGUUGAGGUACGAGAAAACCUUCCAAAUAGCACCUUCCAAUUAGAUUUUAGCAGCUUUCUUUGUCAGAAAUGUGCUGAAGAAACAGGCUAAUAAUCGGCCUUUGAAUUUUAGCAUGGAAUGAGAAGAAAUUAUAAAUAAGGUGUAUUUCGGCAAUUACCUUGCAGAUAUCUUUGUACUAAACUAAAAUGCUAAAAUAAGUUAACUUCUUAUGUAAUUAUGUACAAAACGUUUAAUUUAUUUUGAUCUCUUUAGAAGUAUAACAGAGAAAACAUUCAAGAAUAUUAAAGUCUUGUAAUGUUUGCUAAUAUAAAAAGUGUUGUAUUAUCUUGCGUGGAUAGCAUCACAACAAAUAUAUAUAUAUGAAAUAUAAAUUCACUAAGAACAAAGGAGAUUUUAAAGUUUAAAACGCAGAACCUGUCACUUGCAUGGCGUCCCCUCCACUGCACUGUAGAUAGACUCUCGCCCGUUGCUGGUGUGCGCGGCCAGACAGCCAGCAGCACAGUCGGAACCUUUCCUCUGGAACCAGAGACCAGCAAGUGGCGCUGUCGCCUCAAAGGUGGCGGAUCGGAGCUGGACGUGCACUUUUCCCUCUGCUGCGGGGUCUCAACGGAUUGUCAGUGCCGCGUGCCCACCGCACUGCACGGCCUGGGGAGCAGCUGGCCCGCAGCACGCGCUCUCUCGGCCACAAGAAGUCAUUGCACAAUGUUCCCAUCAUUUUUGUUUGUGUCACCUUUUUUUGGUCCUCGGUAUGAAAGGAACGUCAUUCUGUGGUCAUUUGCAGCAGGUUGUGCUGACUCCCUCAGCGGCUUUAAGGGAAGAGACUCACCAGGAGGGGGUCGUGCCUGGGGAGCCGCCCCCGCUGCCAGGACAACAGAGCCACUGGCUGGGGCAGGAGGCCCCCAACCCCCACCCCCCACCCCCAUCACCGCACCUCCUGCGAGGACACACUUCUGAUUUCCAUCUCUUGCUGCUGCUGCUGCUGCUGCCGCCUCACACGCCUUGGAACUUUCAGAGCUCCUCGCACACUCCCGGACUGAAUCAGCCCGUCUGCCUCCAGCCAGGAAGAAGUAUCAGCUGUCCGAGCAAGAUUCACUUUGUAAUUGCCCCAGUGCGCCCCACGGGGGCUGUGUCAGGUCUGCAUGACUAAGAUUGCUGCUGGCGAGACUGAGACCCUUUCUGUGAGGUUGUCUUAUCUGCCUUUGCUCUGUGCUGGCAGUGAGCCCUUUGCUACAAGAGAGUUUUGUUUGACUUCUGAGAUCCAAGGCUAAUUGCUGUUAAAAUUUUAAGUGGCAUUUAAAAAAAAAUUGUCUGCAUGUGGGGUGCGUUGUUCCAUCUCCACAAGUUAUUUGAUUUUUAAAAUAUUGUUUGACUUCAUUGCUGUGUAUGAAUAUUUCUCUACAUGCUUCAGAUACACAUUCCCAGUCUUUUGCUUCCUAAGGCGGAAAAAACCCCACCACACACAGAAAAGACACACAUGCCCACCUUGUGUAGGGGGAGGGGUUUAAGGUUUCGGGUCCGACACUGAUGAGGAAGCAGGACUGCAGGUGGCUCGCGAGACCCAGCGAGGUGGGGUGAGGUCGGUCCUGCUGUCCUGUGUCAGCGUCGAGGUCCAGAGGGCUCAGGGCUGGGAUCCAAGUUCUGUUGUGCAAGAAAAAGGAAAGGAGACACUAAGUACCACCCGUUUAGCAAUAAAGGAAGAUCGUUCUGUACUAGGAAUUGUGCUGUGGAUGAGUCAUUCAUGAGAACGUAACCAGUGUUUGUCUUGUGACCUUGUGCUUUUGAAGUCAGACAAAACCGUGUGAUCACCUUGCACACAGGAGGGUACACAGUGAUCACUGAGACUCAGACCAACCCGACAGGGCGGCUUCCUCAUGGUGCUUGUUUAUUAUAUCUAUUUAAUCCUGCUUGACACUUUACCCAAGGGAAACGGUCCCUUUUACCAGUUGGAUGCUAGCAGCGUUAUUUCAUAGUGUGGUGACUGGUUAGAGAAAUUCAUGUACUCAACCAAUCACGGUUUCAAACAAAAUUUUUAUGUGCAAAGGACGGCAACCUUCUCGUAUGUUAAACCACCAGUAAGCUUUGUACAUCUGUGAUAACGCCUGUUUUAUAUUCAAAUGAACAAAUAAAAGCUUUUAUUUUUGUUGCUCUGAAAAUAGCAGUUUCUUAAUUGGUCCCCUGGAAAACUGGGCCAGCUUCCAUCCUAGGAAGGAAGUGACUCCUACCAGGAAUGUAUCUGACUCUGUUUACAUAAUUUGUUGCAUUACUUAUCAGUAUAGAUAAUCAUACUUUGAACAAUGUUUAAAUUUUGAUGUGGGCAUUUAUUGCUAAAAAUCUUCCUAUGGCAACAAAUGUUUUGUGAAAUGUUUUUUUUAAUUCUUUUAAAUAUAUCUAAAUAUAUUUGUUCA